UUCCUAUAGAUGGCUUUAGCGGUAAGUGGUGGUCGAAAUAAAUAGAUCAUAGAUGUCAUACAAUAAACUUGGGCAUCUGUCAACAUAACCCCAUAGAAACAUUAGUCGAUUUGUAUCAUAAAGUUAUUCUCGAUUGAAAAUGUCAGUUUACGAGCCAAAUUCUCGUCAUUUGCGGGAGGUUUUAAUUUUCUGCUUCAAUAUGAAGAAAUCUGCGGCUGAGGCUCAUCGAAUGCUCUCAAAUACUUAUGGUGAGGCCGCUAUUAGUGAAAAAAUUGGAUCGAUUCGUGGAUAGCCUCAAAAGAUGACCAGUUUUUUCGACGCGGGAUUCGUACGCUACCCGAAAGAUGGGAGAAAGUAGUGGCCAGCGAUGGACAAUACUUUGAAUCAUAAAUGUAUUCUCGAAUUUCGGAAAAAAAACGGCGGAAGCAAAGUUGUACACCUAAUACAUAAAUAAAAAGUAAAAAAGAUCAACAUUUUGUACUCCCCUUUCCACUCUCUUUCUUUCGUUAGUUAACAUUUCUACACCUACGGGCAAAAUAAGUUGCCGACUCUGAAUAUAAAUUAUGAUACAAGCACCAGUUGUACAAUCUUUGUCGCAUAAAAGCCUCUUUUGUUUAUCUAUAUCCACAAGACUAGCCAGAUUGACUUUCAUUCGAAAGCAAGUGUUAUAAAAGAAGAAGAAGGUUGCGAAUACAUGACUACAUAGUUUGAGGGCCAAAUCAGAACAAUGGAUAACCUGAAAAAUAAGUGUAUUAUGUUCAAAAAUAUAAAAAGAUUAAUCGCAUUAAAAUCUGAAUCUAAAGUGCAUUAUGCGCAGCGUGCUAAUUCAUCUCAGGACAUAAAUGCAGAGUGUAAACAAUUACAUGAUACAUUUGAUAAAUCUAUUCCCACCGACCUUGUGAUAAAAGUCGGAGUGCGAUCUAUCUAUGUCAAUAAGUUUGUUUUACAAAACUGUUCUUCAUAUUUCAAAAAGGUAGAUCGAUUUAUAACGUCCGAAGAUGGUCAAGACGUUAUCAGGCUAGAUCAGUUUUCGUAUGUCACGGUUUACGCCUAUUUAAAAUAUAUAUAUACCGGUGACAUUAAUCUUGUAUCUUUGGACAAGAAAUUUGAUCUCUUAAUAAUGGCUGAGAAGUUCAAAGAAAUUUUUUUGAUAAACAGUUGCUAUAAGAAAAUAAAGGAAGAAAUAACUAAAACAAAUAUAAUCUCUGUUUAUAGAACAGCGCAAACAUAUAAUAACAAGAUAGUGCAGGAAUAUUGCUUUGAAUUCUUCAUAGAAAAUACUACACAUGUCAUCAAUACAGAUAGUUUUAAAGAAUUGGAUGAAUAUACGAGAAGCACUUUUAUAAAUAAAGCGAAAGAAGUUUAUGGUUAUUACAAGAUAUGA